AUGCGGCAUGUUCGCACCUUGGUGUCGGCCGUUCCUCGUCGACCAAAUGGGCGCCUGAGCGUCCCUCCUCCAAUGGAUACAAAGAGUUAUAGGAUGAAAAAGGUCCCAUCAUUAGUAUCUACAGAGCAAUUACGUCUUCAAAGUAAACAUCGUGAGGAGCUAGAAAGCAAUAAGGCAGAAUCCCUCCAAGAUAUAGUGGAUCACAUCGAAUGGCGUGGUGUCAUCUUCAGCCAAACUCCUGAAAAGGUUGCUAAAUUAUUCGCCGAUCCAAAAGAGGAUCUUACGUCAUUGUCCGAUCGCCAAUUAGCUGUACUUCUUUCCACCUUCGGUAGUGGAUGCGAGUCUGUAAGUUGUUUGAGAAGAGCUGCCUUCAUGAGCCAAGCGCUGCAAGCCCUAGCGCAGAGGGGGGUUCCUCUGCAGCUACUUUCACGAAAUGCUGUUCUUUCUGCUCGCAUUGACAAUAAAGAAAGUGUGAAUGUUGUUGAAGAGCUCAAAGCAUGGGAAGCUGAUGAUAUGACCCCAAACGAAGAAACGUAUGCUCACCUGUCACGGGUGUACGCAAAUUCAGCUAAUACUCAGGGAAUUGUGUAA